GCCUGUUGGUCUCAACUGUUCCAUUCCUGUUGGUGGUAUGACCUAGAAGUUCUCUCAUCUGUAGUAGUCACCAUGUGUUAUCUUCCAGAUGUGAGAUUCUAACAAUAUCAGAGGGUCCCCCUCCCCAGCCUGAAAAGAUCUCUACCCUAUUAGUCCCUUGGGCAAGAAGAUCACUGAUAAUCUUGCUUUCUGUGGCUUGCUUGUUCAUAAAAUUACCUUGCCAAUGAGGGGUCCACUGUAUGGUUUAUGGAAUUAGUUUUUUAGUGGAGUUAAUUAUGCCUUCCCAGUUACUAAAAACGAUCCUUAUUUUGCAUUCGGUAUAGUACCUGGGAAUCUUGGAGGUGGGAAGUGAAUGAGUCGCCAUGUGGGAGGAAGUGAGAGUAAAUGGGAUGUGGCUUUUCCAGGGUGAUAUCUGAUGCCAUUGGGAUCUCUGAUUUUCCCCCCCAACUCUUCCUACCCUCCCCCAAAGAAACAAUGCCCCUUUGAUAAUAAUUUGCUGUCUGCCUGCCCGACAAGUACUGAAAUUUCUCAGCCAACAAGGCAGUACAAACAUUUGUGGUACCCAGUACCACUUUCUCCAACCUGGGCUUCAGUGAGGUGAUAACAGCUGUCCUGCUCAGGGGAUUCCCUUUUUCCCUCUUCCCUCACUCCUUCCCCUACCUCCUCUUGGUGUUAUACAGGGAUAUCAUGUCCAUUUAUAAGGAGCCUCCUCCAGGAAUGUUCGUUGUACCUGAUACUGUUGACAUGACUAAGAUUCAUGCAUUGAUCACAGGCCCAUUUGACACUCCUUAUGAAGGGGGUUUCUUCCUGUUCGUGUUUCGGUGUCCGCCCGACUAUCCCAUCCACCCACCUCGGGUCAAACUGAUGACAACGGGCAAUAACACAGUGAGGUUUAACCCCAACUUCUACCGCAAUGGGAAAGUCUGCUUGAGUAUUCUAGGUACAUGGACUGGCCCUGCCUGGAGCCCAGCCCAGAGCAUCUCUUCUGUGCUCAUCUCUAUCCAGUCCUUGAUGACCGAGAACCCCUACCACAAUGAACCUGGCUUUGAACAGGAGAGACAUCCAGGAGACAGCAAAAACUACAAUGAAUGUAUCCGACACGAGACCAUCAGAGUUGCAGUCUGUGACAUGAUGGAAGGGAAGUGUCCCUGCCCUGAACCCCUAAGAGGGGUGAUGGAGAAGUCCUUCCUGGAGUAUUAUGACUUUUAUGAGGUGGCCUGCAAAGAUCGCCUUCACCUUCAAGGCCAGACUAUGCAGGACCCUUUUGGAGAAAAGCGGGGCCACUUUGACUACCAGUCCCUCUUGAUGCGCCUGGGACUGAUUCGUCAGAAAGUGCUGGAGAGGCUCCAUAAUGAGAACGCCGAAAUGGACUCUGAUAGCAGCUCUUCUGGGACAGAGACAGAUCUGCACGGGAGCCUGAGGGUUUAGACCCUGCCCCCCGUCCCCUCCCCCCACCUGAGAGUCCCAGCAAAGUCCCUUCCCCCACCCCAGGGAUGGAGAGGCACUGUGUAUCUCCCUCCAAACGUGACGUCAUUCUGCAAGAUGGCAAGAAGCAAGCUUGGAUCCCAGGGUGUGGGAGUGGGGGGCUAUUCCAAUCUGACCUCCUUGGCGCUGGAGCACCUGGGGCUGUGUUCAUCUUGGAUCAGGGCCAAGGUACCUUUACAGGAUCAUCUAUGACAAGGGCCUCUGGCAAAACAAAACAACAAACACACCUCUCUGCAAGGCCAGCUCCUUAGGGUUUAAAGACAGAAAUUUCAGUUCCAAGAGGGAAUGUGCCCAGAUGAUUUAUGGGGAUACCUGGAAGGAAGCUUUGGGGUAGGGGGCUGUUUGUGACACUUAAGCAGUCUGGGUGGUUGUCUGUGUCUGUCUUCAGUCUUGAAGCAGGGCUUCCCAUUGCCCUUAUCCUCCGUGCCCCCCUGCCCCUUUAUCUCCCACGGGCCAGCAUAAUUUUGUUUUUCCUAAUUUAUAGUCACUGUUCUAGACAGACCAAAGAGAAGGAACAGUGGUGGAGUCUAGGCUGCUGAUCAGUAAGCUUUACCUAGCACCUGAGCACCUUUCUCCCCUACCCCUCGUUCCCUUGCUCUUUUAGGUUUCAGACAGAACAUAAACAGGACCGGGACUGAACCAGGUCUUGGUGAAGCCUGCACAGGCACCGUGAGAAGCCGGAAGUACUGUGUGUUCCCGCAAUCACUGAUUUGAAAAGUUCCCAACACAGGCAGCUGCAGUGUGUAUGGGAUUAGAGCCACUACAUAGAAUAGUCUCUUAAAGAUUUUCUUAAGUACUAGUCACAAUGAGGAUAUUUUUUCUUGGGGAUGGGGUAAACAGGGGAGACUGAUGCUAGUCCUUAUUGCAUUUUGUUUGACUGACCUUGUGUAUUUUCACCCCAGUCUGUAGUCCCCUACCUCACUUCAACCCCCAGGUAGCAGGAGUAGCCAAUGGCAGAAGGGGAUCUGGGCUGGGACUCUAGAGACUCCUUCCCCUCUCUCCCUUCCCCCUCCCAGCUGCUCUUUGUCACUGGCUCUGAUGGGUGUUUGCCUGGCUGUGUUGCUUCUCUAUUUGUAUUUUAGCUGCAGUGAUCCUUUAACUGGUUGGCUCAGAAAAGUGUUCUAGGUGCCUAAUAAUACUGGGCAUCAAGGGAAUUUCUCCUUCCCCUUUUUGAUAUGUUCUUCCCCUACUUCCAGAUUCUUGCUGUUAUGGACCCCCAUGGAGUGUUGGUGAUCCAUGUGAAACAGGCCCAGUCAGUAUCCAGCCACAGGCAGAAGAGAGGAUAAGGUGUAUCUGCCCUACCCACUGCUUUUAAGGUCUCUGCCUGAUGGAUCAUGGGACUCCCCUAGGGGGGACAGUGGGGGAGGAAAAUGGGGCACAAAAGAAGAGCUUCCUAAAGGGCAGGAAGAGGAACUGGGGAGUGGUACACUUGGGGAACAGAAGUUUAUCUUGGCUGUCUGAAGAAUAGGUCUCAACAUGGAGACUCAAAGGGACCCUGCUUCCAAUGUCCCUCCUCUUCCAUUCCCAGAGCUACUCCAGGGCCGAGAAGAAUGCCCUUGGUUUGUGGGUCCAGUGUUGUCUGUUAUCCAUCUAAGUGUUCCCACUUUGAAGUGACAAUCUUCUCCUUGGCCCUGCCAUGGGGCAGAGCAUGUCUGGCAUAGUGGCCUGACUUUUACGCCCUAAUCUUGAGUUGAGGAAAUAUAUGCACAGGAGUGAAAAGAGAUGUCUUUAUAUCUGACUGUACAUAAAUGAAAUUUUUUUUUCUUUUUUUUUUUUUUUUGGUGCAAUAAAGUUUGUUUUGGCAGAAGGAGGAAGCGCCUAUGGGUGUGGGAGGGGGUUUCUGUCAAGGAAGAAUGGGAUCAUCUCAACCACUACACUCACCUGGGCCUGAAUCUGUUAGGAGAGGAACUGUUCAGUGAAUUGUCUGGAAGCUAAAAGACUUGGGUAACGUGGUAUAGGCAGGACUGUUGGUGAUUAUUUCUCUGUUAGGGAAGGAGGGGCUUUUCAAGGGUGGCUGUGGCUCAGGUAGUCAAUGAGCAGAAGGCCAGUUUCACCUCAAUGACUUCCAAAAGCAUUGAGGAAUGAGCAAUGCUGUGUAACAGGCAGAAGUAGUAAUGGGCCUGUGCUACAGCUGAUAAGGAAAGGAUGUCUGCAUGGAGAGACCACUGGAUUUUAGCUUUCUAGUAUUAAAUGAGCACUUCUGAAGAAUUUUGCGUUUACUUUGAGAGUGUAAACUCUGGCUUGGUCUCAUCACCAUCCUUGCUAGAGCAGAAUCUUGCUUCCUGGGGCACAUGGGCUUUUCCUCUUGGCUGGCCACAUGUGUAGAAGGCAUUGUACACAUAAUGUUCUGCCUGCCUGUACUGUGCAAAGCAGUGAUAUGGGAAAGCGUGGGUUCUGGUUAAUAGACCCAGUUCUUUGGUGCUGUUUAAGCUGAUAGCCUCUGGUAAAUUACUUUGUCAUCUGUGAAGUUAAGGAUACCUAUUUUUAUUAAUGCUGCAAGGAUUAAAUGUGUAAUAUAAGACAGUACAGGGUAGGUAUUCAGUAAGAUUCCCACCACUGAGGUUAGAGGGACCUGGUUAUCAGUCUAGGGGGAGAACUAGCAGGGAAUUUGAGGACCAAAACACAAUGUUCACUAUUGUUGAAUUCUCCUCAAAGUUCUGUUUUCUUUCCUCCAGCUUAGCCACCAUUCAACACUGACUUCUGUUUCCUUCACACUCAGACUUGGAUCUGUCAUAAUGUAGAUCCUCUACAGAGAAAGCUAGGAGAGACUGAAUCAGUGACUGACUAGUUCACAAGGGUCUGCUAGUGUGUGAUAAGGAGCAUGGAAUAAUGAAGAGUUCUGAAUUAGAGUGGUUAUUCACUUUAUGGCUACAGAAAAAACUAUACUCUGUAGCCAGGAUAAGCUUGUGUUCUGGGCCCAGCUCUUCCAUGACCUUAUAGAUGACCUGCACAAGUCAUAUGUGCUUGCUGUACUUGUGUUACUCAGGUUCCCUUACUGGAUAAAGGAAGCUUCCUCCAAAAGAGAUGCAAUGUGAAGGCACUUUUAAAAAAUAAAAAUACUGGGGGAAGAAAGAAAAACUUAGAACCUUUCUUUUAUAAACAAAAUUGUCCAGGUUUAUUCACCAACAGUUCCUCCUUUUUCUCACUGCCUGCUACUGUGCAUCCUUCCAUACUAAAUCAGGGAAGGGCUUCUCUGGCCUCCUCAGCUGUUAUCUCCUGUGAGUAGAGGUCAGUGAAGAGAGCUGGCAGCCAGUAGUGGGCCUCCCCUGGGGCCUGCAAGUCCAGCCAGGCCAGCCCCUCCUUCAACAGGUGUUCCUGGGGGGAAAAGAAAGAAUGCUUGAGAGGGGAGGUUCUGUGGGUAAAGUGUGGUAGGGAAGCAAUCUCCAAACCUAUUUUGGCUUCAGCAAGGUUUUCAAACAGCCUUUAUGUGCCUUUGCACACUUACACAACCAAACUGGGAUGCUGCUUGGCCUCAUUUGCCUGAAGUGUGAAAAUAACCACCAAGUCAUUUAACAUGUGCUGCUAGUGAAUAGUAGAACCUGAGUAAAGUGGGAUGUAGUGGAAGAACAUAGGGCUCUUAUUUUAUGGCCUUGAGCAAAUUACUGCUUCCAUUCUCCCUGGAGAAAAGUAGAGAUCACUGUUCUAGCUGUGAGUUGAUUUGCUGGGAACAAAUGUGAAGGACCACAUUUAUUUCUGAUGGACUCACAGUUCCUAUUCCUAUGCAGGAAAUAUGCUCAAUAUUUACAUUCUCCCACUUUACAGAUGAAAAAUCUAGAUACUAAAUUGCCUGGGUAAGGGAAAAUCUACUGAAGCCAGAGCUCCUACGUUCUUAUGCUGCUGCUUCCUCUUCACAACAGUCUUACAUCAGCACAUGAAUAUAUAUAAGGUUGUUAUAUAAUAUGCAAUAUAUUGCUUAGUAUAUACUUAUAGAUACAUAAUUAUAAGUAGUAAUUAAUUCCCUUCACUCUGUACUAGUUAUUUCUAGCAGAAACUAUAUUAAGCUCCUGACCAGCAACUCCAGGUCGAGUAUGUGCAGGAGAGUAAGUGGGCAUUGGUGGUUCCUCAGUAGCAAGGGCAGCUGCUGUUAGUGCACCCCAGGGUUAGAGGCUUGCCUUAAUGAGUUCUACCUUCUCAGCAGAGAGAUGAUGGGCUUCUCCUAGGGUGAAAACUGUAGCCUACAAGGCAAGAGUGAGCAGAGCAAGCCUAAAGUUCCUGCCUGUGUGGAACCCACCUCCCAACCAGGAGCCCAUCUUUUCUGGGCCAUUCCAAAAUCACAUACCAGCACUUGGCGCGCCCGCUCCGUCUCCCAUUUAAGACUGGCUUUGAUUUCACUGACAGUCACGUACCCAUUUUUCUGAAGGAAGGAGCAGUGGGAACUGAGUCAGUUAAGAGUGCACUCCCCUAGAGCCCAGCACCUGCCCAGGAGCAGCACACUUAUCUGAACAGGAGAAAGAGCUGCCCUUGGGCCAAUCCUGAGAAAGUAUGGGAAAAGAAUGUUUAGAGAAGUGAUUUUCAGGAUGAUAGGGGUAGUUUCGUGGGUUUGAUCUUAAUAUGUGGGGUCCCAGAUACUAAGAUAUUAAAUUAGACUUGCAGAGAACUCUAAUGCAUGUCAAGGGAAGAUUCAGAAUGAUAACUGAUAGGAAGCAAUGGUGAUAAUCAUCACCUGUUAAUCUAAAAUAUUUAUAAAUAGCUCUUGCCCUGCUUCAUCCUACCUGUUCCACAAAAUAAAAAUUUUUAAUAAAAAAGCCCAUUCCUUAAUUUUAUUUUCAUUAAAGAAUUAAGGAAAUGAACAUGUCUUUCCUAAAAUAUACGAUGGAGUUCUGGGGAAAGAUGGUAUAUGCUUCAGGCAUGCAAGGAAUGAGAGGAUUGGCAAGCAAAAUUUUAAAACUUGUUUUGAAGAAUCCACAAAGUAGCUUAAGAGGACAUCAGAGAGUGUCUACCCCAGGAAAUAUAGUUAGUUGUCUGCAUGUCUUUCUACCUGACUAGACUGUAAGCUCCUUGAGAGCAGGGACUUCAUUGGACCUCUCUCUAUAUCUGCCCCACAGCCUAGCCCAGUGCUUUGCACUGUAGCUACUCAAUAAAUGUCUGCUGAAUGAGCA